GCAGGAAGCAGACCGCCGAGUCUUGUGUGCGGUUAGCUCGGAGCUAAAGCUAAAAACAGUUUGUUAAAAUGUCCAAAAGCCAAACACUGAGAGCUUUGGUGAAUGAGCGGCUGACUGCGGCUGCUGAAGAGAUCUUUGCGCUGUUUGAAAGAACGAUAGCGGAGUAUGAGGAGGAAGUGUGUCGCUCCAAAGAGGAGAACCAGAGGAAACAGGAGCUCCUGGACUCGAUACUGAGCCCCUCAAAGAGUCCUGGCCCCGGUCUGAACCAGGACCCUCCACACACUCCACGGAUUAAAGAGGAGCCACAGGAGCCAGAGGAGCUAGAAGAGCCGAGUCUCAAACAGGACAAGAUAGUACAGGUCUCAGUGGGCGUCCCAGAGUCCAGUGCUGCCUGUGCGACAACAGAAGAGUCCUCACUGCUUCAACAAAGACAAACUGAGCUCAGAGAGGAAACACAGGGAGAGGACAUCAGCGCAGAGACACAUUUACACUCCUCUCACACCGAUGAUGAAGACUGGAGUGCUCCACCCAGCUGUUCAGCUGCACAGAUGGAGACAGACGCUGAUGGGGACCAUGACAACCAAGUCCAGAAAGACCAAACGCUGAGAGCUUCAGUGAAUGAGCGGCUGAGUGUGACUGCUGAAGAGAAGGGUCUGAACCAGGACACUCCACAGACUUCACAGAUUAAGGAGGAGCCAGAGGAGCCGAGCAUCAAACAGGAGGUGGAGCAGUCUCCCCCACUCCAGGUCUCAGUGGGCGUCCCAGAGUCCAGUGUUGUUUGUGUGAAGACAGAAGAGUCCUCAUUGCUUCAACAAAAACAAACUGAGCUCAGAGAAGAAACACAGGGAGAGAAGAUCAGCGCAGAGACACAUUUACACUCAGAGACUGAGGGAGACACAGACCACUCCUCUGACACUGAUGAUGAAGAUUGGAGAGCUCCACUCAGCUGUUCAGCUGCACAGAUGGAGACAGACACUGAUGAAGACCACGACAAGGUCAGAGCCAGACGCUCCACUGCACAAAACUCAGGUCUAUACCCCAAAUACAAGUCUGCACCAGAGACUAGUGCCACUGUGAACAAUGGAGACACAUCAGGAACAGCCGAAAGAGCUAAGGACAAGAAACACCAGUGCACUGUGUGUCAAAAGAGAUUUGGGGUUAAGCAGAAUUUACAAAGACAUAUUAAAAUCCACACAGGAGAGAAACCAUUUAGUUGUUCAACCUGUGAAAAAACAUUCAACCGAAAGGCCAGUCUAGAUAUACAUGAAAAUAUACAUGCAAAGAAACCAUUCAGCUGUUCAACAUGCAAGAGAUCAUUUACAACAAAAGGUGGUCUAGCUCUACAUGUAAAGAGACACCUGGGUGAAAGACCCUACAGCUGUGUAAAUUGUGAGAAGACAUUUUCUCAAAAGUGUGAUCUAAGUAAACAUGAAAGAAUACACACAGGUGAAAGACCUUACAGCUGUUCAACGUGUGAGAAGACAUUUGCCCGCAAAGAUAUUUUGUAUGCACAUGAGAGAACGCACACAGGUGAAAGACCUUACAGGUGUUCAAUGUGUGAAAAGUCAUUUUCUGAUAACAGUAUUUUUUUUAAACAUAUGAGGUCACACACACGUGAACGACCUUACAACUGUUCAAUGUGUGAGAAGACAUUUUCCCGCAAAGAUAUUCUGGAUGUACAUGAGAGAACGCACACAGGUGAACGACCUUAUAAGUGUUCAGUGUGUGAGAAGACAUUUUCUGACAACAGUUAUUUUUUUAAACAUAUGAAAACACACACGGGUGAGAGACCUUACAGCUGUUCCAUUUGUAAUAAAGGGUUUGUACAGAGACGGCAUUUGAAUAUGCACCUGAGAACUCACAGGACAGAGCAACAGUUUGUUAAAAUGUCCAAAAGCCAAACACUGAGAGCUUUGGUGAAUGAGCGGCUGACUGCGGCUGCUGAAGAGAUCUUUGCGCUGUUUGAAAGAACGAUAGCGGAGUAUGAGGAGGAAGUGUGUCGCCCCAAAGAGGAGAACCAGAGGAAACAAGAGCUCCUGGACUCGAUACUGAGCCCCUCAAAGAGUCCUGGCCCCGGUCUGAACCAGGACCCUCCACACACUCCACGGAUUAAACUGGAGCCAGAGGAGCCACAGCAGCCACAGCAGCCACAGGAGCCACAGGAGCCAGAGGAGCCGAGCGUCAAACAGGAGGAACACACGCUCCUAAUACAGGUGUCAGUGGGCGUCCCAGAGUCCAGUGCUGUUUGUGUGAAGAGAGAAGAGUCCUCACUGCUUCAUCAAAGACAAACUGAGCUCAGAGAAGAAACACAGGGAGAGGACAUCAGCACAGAGACACAUUUACACUCCUCUGACACUGAUUAUAAAGACUGGAGAGCUCAGUUCAGCUGUUCAGCUGCAAAGAUGGAAACAGACACUGAUGGAGACCACAACAACCAAGUCCAGAAAGGACAAAGGCUGAUAGUUUUGGUGAAUGAGAUCUUUGCGCUGUUUGAAAGAACGAUAGCAGAGUAUGAGGAAGAAGUGUGUCACUCCAGAGAGAACCAGAGGAAACAGGAGCUCCUGGACUCAGCACUGAGCUCCUCAAAGAGUCCUACCCCCGGUCUGAACCAGGACCCUCCACACACUCCACGGAUUAAAGAGGAGCCACAGGAGCCACAGGAGCCACAAGAGCCACAGGAGCCGAACAUCAAACAGGAGGAACACACGCUCCUCGUACAGGUGUCAGUGGGCGUCCCAGAGUCCAGUGCUGUCUGUGUGAAGACAGAAGAGUCCUCACUGCUUCAACAAAGACAAACUGAGCUCAGAGAGGAAACACAGGGAGAGGACAUCAGCACAGAGACACAUUUACACUCAGAGACUGAGGGAGACACAGAGCACUCCUCUGACACUGACAGUGAUAUAGACUGGAGAGCUCCAUUCAGCUGUUCAGAUGCACAGAUGGAGACAGACGCUGAUGGAGACCACGACAACCAUGUCCAGAUCAGAGCCAGAAGCUCCACUGCACAAAAUUCAGGUCUGUCCCCCAAAUACAAGUCUGCACCAGAGACUAGUGCCACUGUGAACACAAGAGACAUGUCAGGAACAGCAAAAGGAGGAGGAUUACAAAUACCUAUUAUCAUUUACACAAAAGAGAAACCGCUCACCUGUUCAGUCUGUGAGAAGAGAUUUUUCUAUAAACGUGGUCUAGAUAUACAUCUGAGAAUACACACAGGUGAAAGAUCUUACAGCUGUUCAUUAUGUGAGAAGUCAUUUACUCAAAAGAGUAAUUUAAAUGUACAUCUGAAAACUCACACAGGUGAAAGACCUUACAGCUGUUCAUUAUGUGAAAAGUCAUUUACUCAAAAGAGUAAUUUAAAUAAACAUCUGAAAACUCACACGGGUGAAAGACCUUACAGCUGUUCAUUAUGUGAGAAGUCAUUUACUCAAAAGGGUAAUUUAAAUAAACAUCUGAAAACUCACACGGGUGAAAGACCUUACAGCUGUUCAUUAUGUGAGAAGUCAUUUGCUCAAAGGGUUUCUUUAAAUGCACAUCUGAAAAAUGCACACCUUACAGCUAUUCCAUGUGUAAAAAAUCUUUAUAGAUAAUUGGAUAAUUGGUGUUGGAUUCUGCUGCUGACGACUCAAAUACAGAUGUUUGGAGCUGUCGUCUGUGGUUAAAGCUCCUGUACCUGAUGUUGAACCAUAACAGAGAAACAACUCAGAGAGUCACAGGCAGCUGCUUCUGCACUUUUACAACACACUGCAUGGUGUAAAGGUUCUUCUCCUGCCCAAGGACGACAGGUGGAAAUUAGCACUGAUGCUACUGCUUGGUACAAAAUAUUUCUCCUGUUAAGGUUAAUGUAAAUUGUGCACUGUUCCUGUCUCAUAAAUAAAUAAACUAAACUAAACCUUCACAUCCUGAACUACAGGAAAAUGUUACAUUUCAAAACACAAAAUCACUAAACAUUGAUUAAAAAUAAACAAGAAUAAGUCCCUUUUCUCUGCAGGUUAACAUGUGACUCUACAUUUUGAUGGAACAAGUGAAUGUGAUAUAUUGGGAUAAUAUCUUUAUAAAGCACUUUCUUUAUAAUCCUGAAUUGAAUAAAGUUAACUGUCCUCUAGAUGUACAUAGGCUUUUCACCUGUGUGUUAUUCUUCCAGCUGCUGAACAGAUUUUCAUUUUUAUUUAUGGUUUUUAUUUUUGUCUGUUUGGCCUUUUUUUUUUUUUUUAUCCCUUUGACUCAAAAUAUCAAUGCAUUUUACAGAGCCAUGGUGUACUGCUGACACAUUUAAUGAAAACUCAAAAAAUACUUUGUUUAUGUUAAAGUCGAUUACCGCCCUCAUUUCAAACAUUAUCGGCUCACAGACGAUAUACAUCCCUGUUUUCAGUCUUGGGGCAUGUUUGUCUGUAAAUUCAACAUGUUUUAUGUUGUAAUUUAAUGUUUUCUUACAGUGUUAUAUAUACGAUAAAAAUUUAACAAUAAUUUGACACACUGAAAAUGUUCACUAUUACUAGUUUCUGUUAUUAGCUCCGUACUAUUUUAAGCUACAUGUAGGAGAUAUUUGCUUAUUUUGUUGAUUCUAAAAUUAGUUUAUUAGUUUUGUUUGUCAAAUGAAUUCACUAAUUUAAUUGUGUUAAUUUGCAUAAUUUGUUUUUGCUAUGUUCAUUUUAUGUUUGCUAACUUGUUUAGUCUAAUUUGGUAUAAUUUACCUUCAGCACCUUUUCUGUUUUUGGUUUAAUCGGGGUCACGUACACCAGAGUGCACCUGGGUGGUGGGCCUAUGUUUUUUUCCCAGC